GCACCAUGGCGACACGGCGACACGGCGGGACGUUUCCUUCUGUCAAAACAUGAAGCUACUCUGGAAACUGUAAAUACCAUCUGUAUAAAAGACACUUCCAUAGCGGCCUCGUACAUCUCUGUUAAUUUCUUAAAAGAAGAUACAGAGGAUGCAUGACUAGCUUAUACUCACCAUUCCAAAGAUGGAGUCCCUUGCCCCAAAUAUUGAGGUUCGUCAAACAGUGGCACAGUGUUUCCACACUCUUUCUACAUCCACGGAUAACAAAGACGUUAUUGCCGCUCUUCAAACACUCAGCUCUCACUUGGAUGAAGGACCAGAGAGUAAAACCACUCCAGUUCAGCGAGCAGAGUUCAGGAGAGCUCACUUCACUCGUACCCUUCAAUUUCUUGUUAGCAACAUCCAAGCUGACUGGCUGCACAGCCUCACCGCAUCACAACGCACAGAGUUAUGGGAUGGACUGUUCCUCCGAGGCCCUCCGGAGCAGGCUCUGCUGGUGCUGAUGGACGGAAUAGGAGAGCUGAGACCCAGCAUGAAUCUGAACCACCUGGUGAGCAUCACUGAGAGGUUCCUUCAGAGUGGGCGACUCGCUGAACUGCUGUGGUCCUACUGUCUGGAGACAGGUGCCUCUGACUCCCCGCAGCUCCGAGAGACACUGCUGGGACGGAUAGUGGCGUUGCCAGACCUCACUGCCAACAGGUUACAUCCCAACAAUAGGCCUCUGUUUCUCCCUCAGCAAUACUACCCUCUGCUGGCCAAAGAGAUGCUCACUGCCCUGGAGAGGACCUGCAAGGCGCUCAAAGAUGGCACAGACUGUUCCUUAAUGUUUGUGGCUCAGACACUUGGAAAACUGUGUAUCCAAGGGCAUAGUGGUUUGGUACUGGCAGUGAUGGCUCCUCGGCUGUCUGUCUGCACACGCUCAGACAUGGUGUUGCAGAGGGUUUGUUGGAAGUUGCUGGAGAACGUGCCACAGCGAUGGAUGGAGAGCGUGCUCACUGGGCUGGUACAGGCUAUCAGUGGGCAUGAUGCUCUGGGCAGGAUCAUAGGGAAUCUAGUGUUAACAAAUAAAAAGGCCCAGUUUGUCCUCACUCAUAAACUGCUUUUACUACAGUAUAAGUAUGAGACUCAAGUCUUGAGAAUUGUCCUGGGCUACCUCGCAUCGGACAGGGAACGAAGGCCGCUGCUACUCCAGGUGUUACGGUCAGUGUCCCAGGCCUGGGCUAAUCCCAGCGCAGUGAAACACACACCUCUAGAGCAGCAACUGUAUGUCAGCAAGGCUUUACUGCUGUGUGUGAGUCUGCUGAAAGACUCUGAGCUGCAGGAGUUACGCUCAGAGCUGCUUCAGUGUAUGCUGGGCGGCAUGCAGAGCCACCUGGACAGCAGCGUGGUGCGUAUCAGGCAUAUGGGGAUGGUGGUGGGAGAGUGCCUUAGCUCCCGCAUGGAUAUCAAUGGAACCAAACUCAAAUUUGAGUAUGAGCAGGAUGAGGAAACCAAAGAGCUGCUUUCUCUGAUGACUCCUUUCACUGGUGAUGAAUCAGAGCCAGAAUCUGUAAACGGAGUCAGCUCUCCUCAAGACAUCAGUGGAGUGAAUCCAUCUACUCAGAAUACGUCAUCCCAAAAUAAGUCUGGAACUCCAUCAUCAAAAACUGACCCAGACUCUGACCUGGAUAGCGAUGAUGAACUCACACCGUACGAUAUGUCUGGUGAUCAGAAAAUAAAUGAAGCAUCUCCUCCUCGUUACCUACGAGACUGUCUGGAAGCUUUAAUUUCCUCUGAGGACGCAGUGCGUGUGGAGCUCAGUUUGAGGGUUGCUGAGGGUUUGGUGAGAAAGAACGUCUUUGCAACUAGAGAGAUCAGUAUCCAGCUAACCAAAGUGUUUCUUCACAUGGAGGAUAAAUACAACAUAACUGGCUUCCUGACUUUGAGACAGGCAACCAUGGUUGCGCUCGCUGUCACCGACUGUAUCCCUGUGACUCAUUAUUUGACCACCGAGUUUUACUCUUUGAACUACAGUCUUCGACAGCGGCUAGAUAUCUUAGAGGUCCUUGCUCUGGCAGCGCAGGAACUCUCUAAGCCAAUCACUGUCAAUAGAGAUUCUUCCCUGGGUGUAGCUGCCACCACUGAUGUGACUCCAUACCCAGGUGACAACCCUGUCCACUGGCGACAAGUCGUUGAGAAGCGGAUUCAAAGCAAGACCAAGCGUCUCAGUAAGGGGCCCACACAACCUCCAGCGAAGGCCACCCCUAACCGUUACGCACCUGUCGCCGGACACUUCUUUUUUCCUCUGCUCAGGAAUUAUGACAAGCCUCAAAUGACCUUUGACCUGCUGGGCACUGACCACCUGGUUCUUGGCAGAUUGAUCCACACCCUUGGGCUCUUCAUGCAUCUGGCAGUCAACGCACCGGUAGCAGCACAGAUGGGUCGUGCUCUGCUGGACUUUGUGUGGGCAGUGCGCUACCAUGUUGACCAGAUGGUGAGACGAGGCGUCCUCUUCGCUGUCUGCUCUGUGUUUCUGAGCAUGCCCAGCCAAAACCUGCUGGUGGACCUCAGUGAUCAACUGUUUGAGACCAGAACUUGGCUUGCAGAUGUGGCUGAAGGGGACCCGGAUGCAGAUUGCCGGAAUCUGGCUGUGCAGAGUCUGGUGCUGCUGGAUAAGAGCCUAAAGAAACAACUACAAGAUUCACAAGCACUGAAUCUGGAGUCUUGAUCACAGCAUCAACUGUAAACAGUGAUAAACUGUAUGUUUCUCUAAAUUUGGGGGUGUGCUUAACUGUAUCACCGCCUGCUCCUCGCAGAGCUUGGAGACUUGAGUAUUGAGGCUGAUGGAAAUGAUGUUCCGGAUAUUUGCUGGUAGAGGGGCUGGCCAGGAGGAGAUGGAUGAUCCCGGAUACUGACGAAUGUCCUUUUUGGCUGUUUGCUGCAGGUGCUGCAGAUUUUUUCUCAUAUCCUGGAACACACCGCCAGUUUGAGGAAAACGAAGGCACACAUCUUCUCACACCUGUGCUUUUCUUUUCUGUAUAA